AUGGUCCACGAUAACGCUUCCAAAAAGCCGCGUCGUUCGCGUGUUGCAUGCAGCAGUUGCAACAGCCGCAAGGUGCGGUGCGACGUGACCCAGACAGGUACGCCAUGUACCAAUUGCCGGCACGAGGCCGCCGUGUGUGAGAUCCGGGCACGGAAAAAGCAUCGACCGCGUGUGCCGAGACGGGGCGUGCGAGAGACGAGUUCGCGGCCAGAGGCAGCCGAUAUUGCCGAUACUGCGGACGCAGCGACGACGGACGCAGAAGGCGUUUUGCCGGACGAUAGUGCCUGCUCUUAUAUUGGCGACACGCGCGGCCCCCGGGAAACCGUGUACGAGCUGUGUCAUCCUGGAGUGCCGCAAGAGGCAUACCGGCCACCCACCAGCAUUGCUCCAUGUAGCCCAUCCAACACAAGUACUGCGUAUAAGCCGCACGAGCUGGACUAUAUUCGUCACCAAGGCGGGUUUUCCUCGCUUCCUCCAGAUGUCUGUGACGAGCUGGUCCGCUGCUACUUUUGCCAUGUGCAUUUCUUCCUGCCAGUUGUGGAAGCUUCGACAUUUCUGAACGAGUACGUUGAGAACCGAUGUCAGAAUGUCAAUUCCUUGUUAUUGUGGAGCAUGUUUCUGGCGGCUACCAAUUUCGUCGACGUGGAUGUUUUGCAUCGAGCAGGAUUUCCGUCGCGGAAGGUUAUGAAGAAAGCCAUGUACACGAGGGCAAAGUGCUUCUACGAUCUUGACCACGGUACAGACAAGAUCAUCUUGAUUCAGUCAGUCCUCCUGAUGAGCUUCUGGUAUUCGGAUGCCCAAGAUCACACCGGCGCCUGGUAUUGGGUUGGCAUCGCCGUGACGUUGGCGCAGGGAAUGGGAAUUCACCGCUGUACUAAUGCUCAAUCACGGCAUCCGAAUCUGAUUCUGUCCGAGGAACGACAUCGCCUCACACGUCGUCUGUGGUGGACGUGUGUGGUCCGCGACCGAUGGCUCUCGCUCGCAAAAGGACGUCCGAUGCGGAUCCACGAUGAAGACUGCGACGUGGCUCUCCCGUGUACAAAAGAUCUUCUAGACGAGUUCGAGGUGCUUUCUGCUCACGCAACACGUGAAUUCAUCCCUCGUGGGGUCGACGGUCUCGCCGACAUGUGGGUGCAGCUUGUCAGAGUCAGCGUUACUCUCGGCCGCAUUAUGCGUACGCAUUACCGACUCAAAGGUCCCAAACCUGGCGUUGAAGACAUUGAUGAGCUGGCUGCCGAUCUGGAUGACUGCCAGCCAGGUGCAGCAGUAGGUAUACAGGGAACGAGUGAUGUCCUGCUGCUGCAUGAAUACCACCUGCAGCUCUUCUACCAAGCCAGCGUAACCGUUCUCUACCGACCGUAUUUUCUAAAUGCACCUGGUUCGUUCCCUGGAAACUCGUCAGCCGCGUGGCAGCAAAUGGUGCGUAGCCGAGUGCGAACGGCGGCGUCGGCGACCAACAACGUUGUCGAGAAAAUAGUCGAGAUGGACGCCGUUAAGUUUAUCAAGCCCAUGGUCAUCACCUCAUUGAUCCCAGCCAUGCAAAUCCAUCUGUUUGACUGCAAAUCACGCAGUCCGCUACAAGCUAGCCUGGGCCAAAAUAGGCUUCAGCUUUGCUUGUUGCUCUUGGCCAGCUUGCGCGACACUUAUUGGAGCGCGGGAGUCAUGUAUCGACUGUUCGAUCGUGCACAAAGCAUCCUCAUCAACAAGGGAAACGACAACUCAACUACCAGGCAGAAUGAUACGAAUCAGCACCCGGCCCAAGACCAAACCACCGCCGGGCAUACAACGGAUAGAGGGAUGCCCAGCGUUGUGACAUUCCCUCCAGACACCUCUGUCGCCAGCAUCCCAGGCAAUGAAUUUAUGCCAAACAGUGAGUCUCGGGAAUUCAACAAUUGGGAGCACUUGUUCAGUCCGGGAUUUUCUCUGCCCGACGACCUCUCGCAGGUGUUUUUCACCGAAUACACAACUGGUGUAGUAGAGGGAGAGGAGCCGAUUAGCUCUUGGUAUGAUGUUUGA